AUGCAGCAAGACGCGUCAGAGACCGAACCUACUCUCGACGGAUACGACGCAGCUUCACUGAUCAACCCACCAGAACCAAUUACCAGCAAUUCUAAUCGCCUUUACGGAAUAGCAAUACGCAACUCUACUCAGCCCCCGGAGAUGAUCGUGGUUCGAUCGGCCCUCUGCCCGUCCAUCAAUGGCUUGCCAGGGUGUUUUCGAGGUAUCACUAGGAGGGGAGAAACAAGCAGCCAGACAGGGCUCGAAAAGAAAAUGCCAAGGCCCGAUGAACAAGGUGGUAGCACCGAGUAA